AUCUCACAAAUUUUUUCCUCCACUAACAUCUCUCCCACAGGUGCAGCUCACUUUAGCACCGCUGAUUUGGAAAUUGCUUUACAGUUUUGCACACACGUCAUCUACGGCUAUGUGGGCAUCAAGCCGGACACCUUCCAGCUGAUGAGCCUCAAUGAAAAUCUGGAUAUACAGCGGCGUCACUUUACCACCAUCACAGCGCUCAAAGAUAAGUUCCCAUACGUGAAAUUCCUGCUGAGUGUUGGUGGCGAUCGCGACUCUGGUGAACAUGAGAAGUAUAUAAACCUGCUGGAGGCGGGCCGUCAAAAGCAAACAGCCUUCAUAGACUCGGCGCGCGACUUCUUGCGUAGCUACAACUUUGAUGGCUUGGAUUUGGCUUUCCAGCUGCCGCGCAACAAGCCGAGAAAGGUGCAUUCGGACGUCGGUUCGGCGUGGAAGAGUUUUAAGAAGUUCUUUACAGGCGACUUCAUCGUAGACGAGAAGGCAUAUGAUCACAAGGAAGAGUUGACAGACUUAAUUAAGGAUCUGAAGAAUACGCUGCGUGCGGAUAAUAUGUUGCUGUCAUUGACGGUGCUGCCAAAUGUCAACUCGAGUUGGUACUUCGACGCACCAGCGAUCGCCGACAUCUUGGACCUCAUCAAUUUGGCCACCUUCGAUUUCCUCACACCUGAACGCAAUCCGGAGGAAGCUGAUUCCACCGCACCUCUCUACGAGUUGUACGAUCAAAAUCGUCUGCCACACUACAAUAUUAACUUCCAAGUCGAGAAUUGGAUACUGCAACGCGUACCCGGCAACAAGAUUAACGUUGGUGUUGCUACCUAUGGACGCGCUUGGAAAAUGUCUAAAGAGUCCGGUACCGCUGGCUUGCCUGUGGUGCCUGCAACAGAGGGCGCAGCACCUGCUGGUCCAGUGUCGAAGACACCAGGUCUCCUCAAUUGGCUCGAAGUUUGCCAACGUCUGCCAAACCCUUCGAAUAUCAAUGCCAAAGGUGCUGAGGCUCCACUACGUCGCAUCAGCGAUCCCACCAAACGUUAUGGCACUUAUGCUUUCCACACCGCUGAUGAGGAUGGCGCUAACGGCGUAUGGGUGAGUUAUGAGUAUCCCGAUACGGCCGCUAGCAAGGCGGGUUAUGUGAAGGCAAAGAAUUUGGGUGGGGUGGCGUUGUUCGAUCUCACCUUGGAUGACUUCCGUGGCCAGUGUACCGGCGAUAAGUUCCCCAUGCUGAGAGCUGUUAAAUACCGGCUGCUUUAAGUGAAUUGGGGGAGGAAAUAUAAAGAAAAUACAUAUGUA